GAAAGAUAAGAAGAGGUUCUCGGAAUGGAGGGCCAAAGAAACCUGCAGGUGCCCCCACAAAGUCAGGUGCUCGGGCAAAGACCAAAAAGCCAAUUCCUCUGGAUAUUUUGGAGAACACACCACUGCCACCUAUUGAGAAACGCAAGUGUCCAGUGGAAGGCUGCGACUCCAGUGGUCAUCUUGGCGGUCUUUACGAGAGGCAUUUUUCCGUAGAUGCUUGUCCUGUUUUCCACAAUGUAACAAAAGAAGAGACCAAGAUCCGAGACUCCAGAGAUAAGCUUAGCGAACCUCGUCUUGGUGAAGAGGAGAUGGCUGACAGAGAUAGACAGCCAGCCCUUCGUGGCUACACUCCAGAGUGGGACCUUCAGCUUUUCAUGGAGGCUCAGUCUGCUGCAAGUGAGAAAAUAGAAGAUGACCUGAGGGGCCUUCCAGACAGUAAAGGGAUCCGUUACAUUGAGAUGGGUCGUUAUGAAAUGGAAGCUUGGUACCAGUCGCAGUACCCAGAUGAUUACAAUCAACAACCAAAAAUAUAUAUAUGUGAAUUUUGCCUUAAAUACAUGAGAUCAAGAACUAUAUUACAAAGACAUGCUGCUAAGUGUGUGUGGAAACAUCCCCCAGGUGAUGAAAUCUACAGAAAAGACAAGUUAUCGGUAUGGGAGGUGGAUGGCAAAAAGUACAAGAUUUAUUGUCAGAAUUUGUGCCUCCUCGCUAUGCUUUUCCUUGACCAUAAAACACUUUAUUAUGAUGUUGAGCCUUUCCUCUUUUACAUUAUGACCCAGGCAGAUGGUGAGGGCUGCCAUAUAAUUGGCUACUUUAGCAAGGAAAAGAACAGCUUCCUCAAUUACAAUGUGUCCUGCAUUAUGACGCUGCCUCCAUACCAGCGGCAGGGCUUCGGUAGACUCCUCAUAGACUUUAGUUACCUUCUUACAAAAAAUGAGGGCAAGAUUGGCUCACCGGAAAAGCCCUUGAGUGACCUGGGUCUCAUUUCCUACCGAUCCUACUGGAAGGAUCUCCUCCUCAAUUACCUGGCAAGCUAUACUGAGAAGAAUGUCUAUAUAAAAGAUAUGAGCACAGAGAUGGCAGUGAACUCGUAUGAUAUUGUAAGCACAUUCCAGGCAAUGGGGAUGAUGAAAUAUUGGAAAGGAAAGCACAUCCUUCUCAAAAGACAGGAUUUGUUAGAGGAGUUCUUAGAACGGCAAAAGCGUCGACGAGCUGACUAUAAGGAAAUUGACCCCAAGUGCCUCAACUGGCGCCCCUAUGUUCCACCGCCGCCAUCUGAAGAAUCUCAGUCCAGCAGUAACAAAAACAAAACUGUUACUGUUAACAAAGCUGCUGCAGAUCGCAAGAAAGCACAAGCAACUGCUACAUCUCAAUAACAUAGACUUUCACACGAUAGUGUGUGAAAUUGAAUGUACAAUUACAUAGGUACAUGUGUAUAACAAAACAGCUGUGAGUGAAUGACACAACGAAAGGGGAAUGUACCUACAUGGCUCGAGUGCCUUGUGGUUACAUUGGUGAUACCAAAAAUAUAUCCCCCACAUUAUUAGUGCUCCAUUCCAAAUGUGUACCAGCUCAGAAAAGUGUCUUUUAUUUACUAUGUCUUUGUCUUAUUAACAUGUAAAAAGAAAUGCAACUUUUUGUGCAUUGAAACUCAUUAUUAGGCCAUUAUUCAUGAAGUAAUGAUCUUAAAAGACUACGUCAUCUUGAAAGUGUGUGUGUGUGUGUGUGUGCGCGUGCGUGCGUGCCUGCGUGUGCGUGCAUGCCUGCGUGUGCGUGCAUGCCUGCGUGUGCACGUGUGUGCACGCAUGUGCGUGCACGUGCGUGCGAGAUAAUCUUGUAUGUUUUAUGUAUGGUUUGAUAAAAUAAUUGCUAGUUUUGGAGAAAAUUAAACAAUUCCUUGAUGAAUUAAGAAUGUUUUGUCAUGAAAGUUUGCAUUUGAAAAUUUUACUGCCUGACGAGGAAGAAAGAUAAUUAUGAUGACUUCGCUGCAACCAGAGAUUGUAUUGUGUGUUUAUAAGCAUUGGUAUCAUGAGCAAUAUCUUGUUUUUCAGUUAAAGACCCAAAAGUAAAUAAAGGAAUAUUCCUUAUGUGAUAAUGCUUGGUAUUCUUACACAUACUUUAAGCACUUUCCAGGGAGACUAGAAUAUUUUAAUAUAAGACUAAAUUUACUUUUUAGUCUUUACUGAAAAAUAUAAUUGAGAACAGUUUGUAUAACAAGGCAAACUCCCACCAGGAAUAAUGACAAUGACAAGUGUAGCAGAGAAAGCCUUUAUUUGGACAAAUUUUAGUUUAGAGCUUUCUUCAAGUGAUGAAACUUUGCUUAGAUCCAAACGUUGUGACAGUAAAAGCCAAUUCUGCUGCAUGCAUCUUUGUCCUUAUACCUGAGAAGAGAUGCUCAUAAUGUUGAACACAAAAAUACUUACAAAAUGUGAUAGAUAUUAUAUAAUGCAUUUGUCAUUUCUAUGGAAGAAAGGUAAUGCUUAAUCAGUCUGACUGAUUCCAACAAAAAUUAAAAAUAUUAUUUUUGUUAAUGACUAAAAAAUAUAAUGUGUACAUAUGUGAAUGUUGAACAUAACUGUACAAUCCGAAUGAUAAUAGAUACGUGAUUUUCUUAAAAUGUAUAAUUCAAGCCAACAAUUUGACAUCUUCGAAAUUCUAGAAAACAUAAUUCUUUCAGUAAUGCCAAUCAUAAUUGCCAUACAGUACUCACUAAACAUGAUAAAUUAGACACAUGUGCAACUCUUGGGUAUCUUUAUUGAUGAAAUGUUUCGCCACACAGUGGCUUCAUCAGUCCAUACAAAGGAGAAAUGGGAAGAACAGGAGGAGAGUGAGGUAAUCAGUCCCUCAACCUUGAGUCGAUGUGGUCAGUCCAUCAAUCUUGAAUCAACUCAAGGUUGAGGGACUGAUUACCUCAUUCUCCUCCUGUUCUUCCCAUUUCUCCUUUGUAUGGACUGAUGAAGCCACUGUGUGGCGAAACGUUUCCUCAAUAAAGAUACCCAAGAGUUGCACAUGUGUUUAAUUUAUCAACGUGUCGGUUCUCUGAACCAUUCAUCUACUCACUAAACAUAAAUUUAUACUUAUGAUAAA